UUAUCAACUGAGGACCAUGACGAGUACAAAAAGACCAUAGCCAAGUCAAUAGGGGAAGAAAUGGUCAUAAGAAUUCGAGGAAGAGAGACUAGGUACAAUGGAGAACCUUCAAUCCAGUACACUGCCAUGUCAAUCACCCCAGUGGACUAUUUGGAGGAGUCAAAUAAUCUAUUAGCACAGAUUAGGGCCAUGGGUUAA